GAGCGAUGCGCGCGCGAAGGCGGCCGAGCGCCGGGCGGCGCAAGCCGAGGCGGCGCUCCGGGCGAGCGCCACGAGGCCAUUGGUUAAAAGGACGGGCCCGUUCAGGCACGUGAACGUUCAAAAAGCACCGGGCGCGCCAGUCACCUAUCCCCCGGGCCAGCGCCCGUCGUGGAUGACGCAGGUCGACUGCUCGGCCUACGACUACUCCUGCGCGUCGUCGCGCAUGCGCGGCGCCUACGAGGCCUACCCGCUGCAUCGGCCGCCGGGCGAGAUCUCGGACACGCUUUCACUAGAUUCGGACGGCGGCGCCGCGUUCCGCAAGCGCGUUCUCGAGCGGCUCGUCGCGCCGGCCGCGCCGGCCGCGGCGCCGUCGCGACGGUGGUGGCUCGCGGCGACGGCCUCCGACGACGGCGCCGUGCAAAUCUCCAAGGACCCCGAAAAGACGCGGCGGGCGCUGGAGGCGUCGCGCUUGACGUCGCUCGACGACCGCCUGCAGGCCGCCGUUUCCUCGGAGGGCGCCGUGCCGGGCGCCACGGUCCUCGCGGCGCCGCUCAGCAGGCGCCUGGCCUGGACGAUGAUGGACAAAAAGUACGCGCACGACAUGCUCUUCGACGUCGCGCACAUGGCGCGGCACGUCGCCGGCUUCGAGAAGCUCGUCGUCGUCGCGCUUGAUCAAAAGACGACGCGCGCCUGCGCCGCGGGCAGCAUCAGCGCGGCGUUCGCCGGCGCGGCACAAACGAGCGGCGUCCAGGCGGCCGGCAAGAUGAAGGGCGUGUCGAACGCGCUCGUCGAGGUUGUGCAGGGGGCCAAGUUCAAGGCCUCGCUCUGGUUCGUGCAGCACAACUACGACUUUGUGUUCUUCGAGGCCGACGUGUGGUUCACGAAAUCCAUUGAUGUAUUGUGGAGCGCCGCGCACCGCGACGUCGUCACUUAUCAGGAGUCGCGCCGGGCGCCGCUCGAGGACUUAGAUCUGUACGUGGCGGCGCACCAGAACAACCCCACCUCCACGAAUAUUGGGGUUUACGCCGCGCGCGCGACGGACGCUUCUAGGGAGUUCUUUUCUGGGUUACUGGAAGAAAUGCGCCUCAAGCCCCACAAGCACGACCAGCUGUUGUUCCACAAUUUGUUGACGUGGCACCGCAUGAAGCCGACGCAGCCCGUCGCCAAGGAGUGGCGCGACGCUCCCAAAAUACCGAAGCCACAGAACCCGGCGGCCUGGGCGUUUAUUGAUAAUCACAUGGGCGUCGCGUCGACGCACCCUAUAAUAACACAGGACACGGCCUUCGUCCACACGUUGGGGAAUAUGCCCCUGGAUUCGCAGGAGGGCAAGAAGAUCCACGCCAAGGAGCUGGGCGGCUGGCACGGGCUCGGUACUCCCCCGGGGACGCCUAGUUAUUACGGCCCCUCGGCGCACGACGGCCGCACGAAGUACCUGGCUUUAGAUGGUUCUCCCCUGAACGGCAUCUCGCUCUGCGAGCGGGACGGCUACCACAACGGUAGGAUAGCGAAAGCUAGAGUGGCUGUAUUAUUAGCGUUGGCGGCGUACACGGGCCGCGUUUUGUUACUACCGCGCAUCGUCGUGGACUACCAUCAAUAUUUACUAUGGACGUUCCUCGAUUUGGAGAGUGUGGGCUACGGCGUCGAGUGGCGCGAGACGAACUUCCCCUCGAACCCGCGGAGCUGGAAGAACGGCACGCACGCGUUCGGGUCGACGGCGCGCGUGUCGCUGCAGAAGCACUCCGUGGGGACGAUGACCUCUUCUGGACCGCGGUGGGCGGCUUUUGAAUCGACCUCGCCGCGGCGUCCUGGCGAGAUGGCCGACGUCCUGGCCUCUGCUUUGAAACCGCACGGCGACGCGGAGCUUUUAUUGGUCGAUCUGGCCUUUGCGGAUGGACGAUUUGUGUCGGAGCUCACAAACUGCAGAAACGAGAAGGAAUGUGAGCGCCGCGGCGUGCCAUGGGAGCUCGUCCAGCUCUACAGAAAGCUGCGGUGGUGUGGGCAGACCAUCGACCUCGACCGCUUCGCGGCCAAGUCGUUCCAGGGCUGGGACUGCUGGGGGAAGGGGCGGCCGCCCGGCCCGCCUCAGUAA